AUGACAGCCAUUUUCCUACUACAAAUCUGCUUCGUCGCUACUGUUUCUCGCACUCUCUUGAAUGACCACCAAAAACACCUAAACACAUACAAGGCUGUCGUCGCCAGAAGAACGAAUUCCGCUCACUCCUCCACCGCCUGGAGACAAAGGCACAUCCGGAAGGCCAGUAACGCCUCUCCCUCCCAUUCUUUGCUUAAGCGCCGCCGGUCAUACAACAUCGCCAACGCUCAAUUCUCCCGGGAGGCGUCACGCAACCGUUUUGCUCGUGCUGAGAUGCAGAGCACCCACGAGAUUCGCUGUCGUUCCUCUUCUGUGGUCGAGCGCCCGCCGGCGGACUCCGCGGCCACUACCACGACGGCUUUUACACCGCAACCCUUACUGCCCCCGAGACCUACCCAAUUCAAACCGUCAGAGAUGCACGUCGAGACUCUGAUAGGAGAGAUGGAGGAAGCACCCGGGGCCAUGACACCGCCUCCCCCAACCCCCUCGACACAAGACCGCCUUAACCGCGCGGCGCGGUCGAAUUCCAGUGCCUCUCGAAACACCAAUCGACUAUCGCUUACACUGCCAAUCGCUCCGCCGACCAGCGACCCUUCAAGGCCGGCUUCAGUUACGACCGCAUCGUACCCUCCCACGCCUGCCGACACCUCGGCUGUCACCUCCCCGUCAGACCCCAAUGACUUCAUCAUUGCGAUAGCAGCGCAAGAACGACGAGUAUUGGAGAUUCGCGAGGAGCUGGCGCGUGCGGAAGCUGAAUUGGCGAAAUUGAAGCACGACUGGACUGCCCAGUCAGCCCGGAGGAAGAGGGAUCUGCCACAGCGCCCAUUGGCGCCUCAGUUUGAGCCGUCGCUAUUGGACGAUGAUGAGGCAGCUUCCCGACGGAGUGUCGAGCUGGAUAGAAGGAAGGCGCUUCUGAGGGACUUGCAGGGACAGACGGGCCCCCGAGAAUACAGACGAAGAGUCCUUCGUGGCGGGCACACGCGGACUCUGUCAUUACUUUCGCCGACGAAACCGGAAGGCUUCGCGGUGCACGAAGACACCUCCAGUGUCAAGUCCAUGGAGCUUCGUUCCCCGGUCAUGACCCCUACCCAUCCUGCUCUUCCUAAGAGGGCUUCCUGGCAGCCGCGCACUUACAACACCGCUACACCUGGAGUGAAGCAGAUGGCUCAAGACUUUAGGGUAGGACUUUGGAGCUUCGUGGAAGACAUCCGACAAGCCACCGUUGGCGACGAGCCGAUUCAUGGCAUUUCCCGUCCUGGCUCGACGGACCCCACGGGGAAAAGAGUCGGCUCGUUCGGCGACCAGGACACGAUCAGGGCCCUCAACUCUCGUCCCAGAGUCCCAUUGAGCUCCGCUUUUGACUCGCCGAUCGACACCCCGAGCAAGUCGUCCAAGCCGUUGCAGGAACGUCCGAACCCGAAGCCGGCGACGAAGUCUACGACCAAAGCAAAGCACUUCUCGUGGACGCCGUUGACCUUUGACUCUUUUGACGAUGACUGGUCGAAUUGGGAUUCACCCGUGGUUUCUUCGGCCAAGUCCGCUCGCUGGAGCGGCUCGACCGUCGGCGGCGCAGAGGGACUUGCGUCCAUGUCUGAGAACAAGGAUGAGAAUGUGACUCCACUCAAGAAGAAGAUGCCCAUCACCGUUGACACCUCGGCCCGGUCUGACUCCCGCCCCGAGUCGGCUCUCUUGUCGCCUACCCAGCUCGGGGAGCUUCUGCCCACCGUAGUGAACAAACUCUCACCUGGCAACCUCAAGCGUACCGCCAACAACCUCAUGGACGAAUGGGAAAAGAGCCUGUCCCCGCCGCGACAGCAGCAAGACGAAGAGGAACAGCUGAUCGAUUUUCGGGAGACCACAGCCUGA